CCCAGCCUUGGUCACCCUGGAGCCAUGUCUCCGUGAUCCCAACUAUAUCAUAGUCAUUAAUAGCUAUCUGCACAUUCAACUCAUCCACCUUAUUACGAAUGCUCCUUGCAUUGAGACACAAAGCCUUCAGGCUUGUUUUUACAACACUCUUACCCCUUACACAAUUAUGUUGAAAAGUGGCCCUUUUUGAUUUUUGCCCUGGUUUUGUCUGCCUGCCACUUUUACUUUUCACCUUGCUACCUAUUUCUUCUACCCUCAUUUUACACCCUUCGUGUCCACGUCAAGUAGGAAACAACUCGUAGCCACAGGACAGGAUGUGCCCCAGCGACAGCUCAGAGAGCGGCCGUGACAGUGCCUUCGAGUCUGAAGAAGGGGCCCGUCCCGGAACGUCACCUAUUCCUUCUCUCCAGAGAUGCUGCCUGGCCCGCUGUGUUACUCCAGCACCACAGUGUCCAGCGCGAUGGUUGUUACUGGCGGUGUGGCUCAUUUGAUCGUAGUAUCUUUUUUUUUAGGUCGAGUGUCCCUUGCCACCGGAUCAGAAGUGCGAGGAUACCCGGGACAGGCGAUCACUCUGCCGUGCCACUACUCUGUCCAAAUGCAUGGUAAAACUGCGAUGUGCUGGAGUCGGGGAAAAUGCCCUGCCUCGGGCUGUGGAUCUGAACUGAUUAAAACAAACGGAGAAACUGUAACUUCAGCAGUAUCCGAGAAAUAUCAGCUUGAUGGUAACAUUGAGCAAGGAGACGUGUCGCUCACGAUAAAGCAGCUCCGGAAAGAAGACGGCGGCUGGUAUUGCUGCCGUGUGAGGAGGCCUGGACCGUUUAAUGAUGUGAAAGUGAAUUUGAAUGUGCUGGUUUUGGAUGAGAUCACCACACCGAAUCCUUCAACCACAAAUGAGUCUGUCCAUGCACAGGAUGCAAACUCUGUCAGAGCUUCUACAUUUGAAGGUACCCGAGAAAUUCUGAGCUCUACAAUAACUACGAAUGAAAUCAACAGUACUUCCGAACAAGUUCCCGAUGACCUGGUAAACAUCCUGGUUUCUUAUCUUGCCUGGGCAGCCCGUGUCUUAGUUUUCAUCUGCUUUCUUGCAAUCACUCUGCUCCUUUUUCAAUGGAAAUGUAAACAAACAGAAAAUGAACAUCUUUCAUCGUAGAAGUGUUUCAUUCAUUCUGUAAUAGUUCUAUGCUUUCUCAUCACCACACCAUGCACAGCAACCUCUAUAGUUCAAGCAGAACAUCGAAGGUCCAUUCACCAAUGUUCUGCAAUCUUUGCUCAGGCUCAAACUUCACUUUUGUGAACAAGAACAGCAUGGAUUGCAAGAGAGACUCCAUAUACUGGCUGCUGCCCCACUCAAAAGGCAUUGCGUUAGUGAACUGAAGAUUGGUCAUAUAUUUGUAUUAUUAUUUUUAUUUAAUUCUUUAUUUCGAACAGAAUAAAAGAAUAAAAAGCCAGUGUGAAACAGCAUACAAAAAACAAAACAAGAGUAUUUAUAAAGUGUCAUAAACAUAUCUAUAAAUAAAUGAAAUUGUAUGUGUCCGAAAAGGAGCAGGAAGAAGCCAAAGCUUAUCAAUUCCCACUCCUUAUUCAACUGCUUAUAAUUGUAAAUAAGUUUGUUUGUAUGAACUUUUCUUCUGGGGUUCUGCUCUGUGACAGUGUACCCAAAGUAGCAGGUCAUUGCUUAACUAAUAUGCUUCGAUGUAAUUGAGGCUGGCUUCAGCAGACAUUUGCAAGUGUAAAUAUAAGAGAGUGUAUAGAAGUACUCAUUAACUACGCGUACUUUUAGUGUACUGAUAACUUUUCUCAAUCAAAGCAUCUUUGUUGUGCUAAUGUUUGCAGAACAAACAUGCCUAUAUUAGGCGAGAAGGACAAUUGAUAAAGAAAUUGGCAAUCAAAAUGUCAUGGUUAUUAUUUUUAAUUUAUAGGUAAAGUGGGCUUAGGCACAUGGAGCAACUUGUGAAGAGCAUAUACAGUGCAUUCAGAAUGUAUUCCGACCACUUCACUUUUUCCAGAUUUUGUUGCGUUACCCCCAUUAUUUUAAAAUGGAUGAAAUACUUUUUUUUCAUCAUCAAUCUACACACAAUACCCCAGAAUGAAGAAGCAAAAACAGGUGUUUAGAAAAUUUUGCAAAGUAAUUAAAAAUAAAUAACUGAAAUAUCACAUUUACAUAAGUAUUCAGACACUUUAAACUCAGUGCUUUGUUGAGGCACCUUUGAUAUACACCAGUUAAUGUAUAUUGGUAUAAAUGUAUAUCAUGUAUUACAUGUAUAAAUGGUUCUUACUUUCGGAAACAUGGUUAAUUAACUGGUGGCAUUAUUCCCUGUCCUAAUGGCCUUUGUUUUAGCUGGUGAUUACAUCUAAUCCAUCCCUCCCUUCCAAAGAUGUGGGAUUUCAAUUUGAGCGCACUUGUUUGAAUAGAUGCAAGCGGCAUGUCCAGCCUCUCUCCUGGGCGCGCAAUACACGAGGCCGAUGAAAUGACACAACUGUCACACCAAAGAUAGAUACAAAAUGCUGGAGUAACUUAGCUGAAGAGGCAGCAUCUC